AUGGGCCUAAGGCUUCAUCUCAAAGGCUACCUAGGAAUUCCAUUGCCUUCGAUCGUUAGGUCACUCAUAAGUGUGGCUGAAGGAGCGAGAAAACCAACGCCUCCACCAAAACCUAAAUCUGGUGGCGAUCUAACUGAUGAGUGUCCUGAAAGUAAUGGUUUCUUCGCUGACGGUUUCCAAUGCGAUAAAUACUAUGAAUGCCGAGACGGAGUCAUCGAAGAGAAGUUGUGUCCUGAUGGGAUGGUCUUCAAUGACUACAGUCCUCAAGUGGAAAAGUGUGACUUGCCAUUCAAUAUAGACUGCUCAGAAAGACCCGAACGUCAAACACCUAAGCCAUCUCCUCACUGCCCUCGCCUGAACGGAUAUUUUGCUCAUGAAGAAGCAGGAGUGUGCGAUAAAUUUUAUUUUUGUGUUGAUGGAAAAUACAACAUGAUCACAUGUCCAUCCGGGCUAGUUUAUAAUGAAAAAACUGGUAUCUGUACUUGGCCCGAUGAAGCAAAAAAGAAGGGUUGUUCCAGUCAAGGCUCACAAAUGCGACAAAAACGCCUUACAUUUUGGCCGAAAAAGGAACAAGAAGAAUUAGGAAGUCAAGAAGCUAGUAAUGAGCAGAAAAAAGGAGACAAAAGUGGGGAAGGAAGUGAUGAAUAUAAUGACUAUGAUGAUGUAUCCUCCGAUAGUAAGAACAAAGAUUAUGACAAUGAAAGCACAAACCCUGAUAGCAAAGACUAUCAUGAUGAGGUUUCAUAUGGGAAGGUGAAAGGUUAUGGUGAUGUAGGAUCACAAAAUGGGAACAAGGAUUAUGGAGAAGAAGACGAAUCUACAUUUUAUGAUGAUUUUGCAACAAACCCAGAAUUUUCCGAUUUCGAUGUUGAUUUUGAAAAUUUUGGUGGUUCAAAGGAAAGUGGUGACUUUUACGACCAUAAAAGUCUUCAGAGAAGGAGAGAUGAACAACUUGAUGGCUAUAUACGUGAGUAUGUCGCUCAAUUAAACAAGGAUCCAGUGAAAGCUUCAGGCCCAAUGGAUCUCUCCUACUAUGAAAAGAUUGCAGAGGCUACGGUUGAGAAAGGGCAUGUGUUCCAAUUUGAAUGCCCUAAGGUCGACAUGACCCAAGCCCAACAGCAUCCCAGAUACCCUGACCCCGAGGACUGCCAAUUUUUCUAUGUAUGCAUCAAUGGAGAGGUUCCCAGAAGGAAUGGUUGCAAACGUGGACAAGUCUUUAAUGAAGCCACUGGUUCAUGUGAUUGGCCCAGAAAUGUCCCAGAAUGCCUCGAUUGGUACAAGGGAAUCCUCACCGAUGAAGAACUCUAUGCCCUUGAGCAUCCUAAGCCAAGGCCAAGGAGUAACAGCACAUCGACUAGAGGUCCCCCACAAAGAAAGCAACAAGUUCGUGUCUAAUACAGUGUCAACAAACUUUUAAUGAUGCAACUGUUAGGAAUACUGGCAGUCCUUGUAAAUUUUUAAUUAGUACCAUCAAUUUUAGUAUUCCAUUGUUGUAGCCUUUUGUGUGUUUGAGUGUCAUUUAGAAAUAGUUACUAGUUCUACAUAUUUAUUCACAUCCACUAUAUAGUUUAUGACAAAUGAAAUAAAUAUGUAUGCUGUAUACAUUAUAUGUAUGGUAUAUUAAAAAGUAAAAAUUUUCAACUAUAAAUUUAAUAUAACAAUCAUGUAAAUAAAAUAAGCACCUAGCAUUUCAUUUUAUGAAAUGAUCUUAUGCAGAUUUUUAUUGUCUUUCUCUUAUAUUAUACAUAUUAUGGUGUAAAUGUAUAAUUUACAAUAAAUAUUAAGACUGACUUACUGUACUUUAGCAUUUAUAGCUCUUUUUUAAGUCAGAUUUUGUUUUUCUUAUUUGUAUCUUUGAAUUAGUGCUUUUGCAUAUAAAGAAUUUUAAGAAGUGUCAUUUUUUCAUCUAUUGUGUAUGAAUUUUAAAUACAAACAUUCCUAAAUAUUGCAAUCUUAUUUUCCCAAAAUAAGUUAAAUAUAUUUU